AUGAAUAUUCCAGGAUCAAGACCUAAGCCAGGAGCAUUGGCGGCGCCACUUCCUCCUCCACCUCUCACUCUCCCACCUACUUCUGCACCUUUGCCAAAUGCUAAUCCACAUCAACAUUAUCAUUCAUCUCCACUGACAACAUCAGCAUCACAUUCACAGCCUUUGUCAACUUCACAUCAGCAACAGCCACAACAACAACAACAACAAAAUGGACCACCUCAGAAGAGUCCACCUCCACCUCCACCUCCAAGAGACGCCAAGUCAAACACAAAGUCAACGAUCAUAUCAAACAAGUUAAAGAAGUUCUUUACACAUCGACCAUCUCGCGACUCACUCUAUGAACGACACAUCCUCAACGCACCCUACAACUCAUCCAAUCUCUCCUACUUCAAUGUCUACAGAGUUGUCGAAGCACUAAAGAAGGCUGAUGUAUCCAAUACCGAAGGAAUAUUCCGAAUCAAUGGCAAUGCAGAGACAAUAAGGACAUUGUGGCUAUCACUCAAUACUCCUGAACUCAAUCUGGACAUUAGCCACACGACACAUGACUUGGCAGGACUGCUCAAGCUGUAUCUUCGCGAGUCCAAGUUCCCCCUGAUACCGAUAGAGCUGUUCCCCAACAUGGCGACGCCAACAACGGUGACGGCAAUCAGGGACUUUAUCACAAAGCUACCGAAUGAGAACUUAAAGAUAUUGAACUACCUCGUGGACUUCCUCCACCAGCACAUCAUCUCCAACUCCCCAACAAACAAGAUGAACUCGGUCGCACUGGCAGUGUGCUUCGCGCCCAACCUCAUCCGCUCGAUACAGCCAAACUCACAGACGGCAGACUCGUUCCAGCAGAUUCAGAACCAUUGCAACAUGGUUGCCGCGAUGCUCGACAAUAAGGACUUCAUAUUCCAGAGUGAUAAGUCGACGGCGGGCGGAGAGGACAUGGGUGGAAUGGUCGGGCUCCCGCUGCCGCCCUCGCCAUCUGGCUACUCCUCGUCGCCAGUCGAUCAGUACAUCAAUGAGCUUCCACCUCCACCUCCUCCAGUGAUCAUUGACAACACAGUGGACUCUUCACCAAUCUCUCCACUAUUUGACGAGCUGACCAAUCUCCUGAUCGAGGACAUAUCCCAAGGUAACAAAGAUGUUAUCAUUGGUCGAAUGACCAGUUUAUUCCUCACAGAUCCAGACAACUUUAAAUCAUUCCUAAAGGAGAUACUUGGCGUCGAUGGCUUGGUAUCAUUGUUGGAGUUGAUAUUAACGAUGGAAUAA